AAAAAGCGGAAAAGUGAAAAUAAAAGGAAUUAAUAAAUAAAUAAAGAAAAUACAAUUUGGGGGAAGUCACUCACGAGCUUCUCAAUCUCUCUCGCUUUGUGGAAGAAGGAUCGGUGGGAUAAUGGCGAAGCCAGUGGCUGAUUCGCACAUCAACAGAGCAGCAGUUCAAGCCACGAACGAUGACGCUUCGGCUAGCAAACUGUCUUGUGUUAAGAAGGGAUAUAUGAAGGAUGAUUACAUCCAUUUGUUUGUAAGAAGACCCGUGAGAAGAUCGCCUAUUAUUAAUCGUGGUUACUUUGCACGAUGGGCUGCGCUUCGGAAGCUUCUGAAUCAGUUUCUUGAGAGUGAAAGCAAUGCUGAUGAACAUGGUCAGGUGAAGAAGCAGAUAUUGUCUCUUGGAGCUGGCUUUGAUACAACAUAUUUUCAGUUGCAGGAUGAGGGGAAAGCACCAUAUUUGUAUGUGGAACUGGAUUUCAAGGAGGUAACAAGUAAAAAGGCUGCUCUUAUUGAAAGCUGUAAUCAAUUGAGGGACAAAAUUAGUGCAACUGCAUCAUUCUCACGAGAGAGAGGAGAGGUGCUCAGUGAUCACUACAAGUUACUCCCUGUUGAUUUGUGUGACAUACAACAAUUAAAUGGCAUUAUAGCUUUGGCUGAUUUGGACCCCCGCCUGCCAACUUUUAUAAUUGCAGAAUGCGUUUUGAUAUACUUGGAUCCAGAUUCAAGCCGUGACGUUGUUGGCUGGGCAUCAAAAACAUUUUCAACGGCAAUUUUUUUCUUAUAUGAGCAGAUUCAUCCGGAUGAUGCUUUUGGGCAGCAAAUGAUUAAAAACUUGGAGAGUCGAGGCUGUGCACUCUUGGGUAUAUACGCAACACCAACAUUACGUGCCAAGGAACAACUUUUUCUUGAUCAGGGAUGGCAGAGGGCUGUUGCUUGGGACAUGCUAAAAGUAUAUAGCGAUUUUAUUGAAGCUCAAGAAAGGCGCAGGAUUGAACGGCUGGAAUUGUUUGACGAAUUUGAAGAGUGGCACAUGAUGCAGGAGCACUACUGUGUGGCUUAUGCAAUCAACGAUGCCAAGGGUCUGUACGGGAAUUUCGGUUUUCUUAACAAUCAACCACACGUGGUCGACCCCUCACAAGCAUCAUCGCCAUGACUGCAUGAGGCUGCACCAUAAACACAAUGCUGCACUUGCCAAGUGUGGUUAAACAAUCAGUAUGAAAGAAGCACGUGUGGUGACACGUGUCUGCUUGCCCACCAGCCUGAGGUUGUCAGGUAUAUAAAAAAAGGGUCUCUCAACUACUAGUUAUAGUCUUGGCUAAAGUCUUGAGAAAGAUGAUGACAUGGGGUUGAUGCUUCUCUCCAUUUAUUGUUUGUUUUGACUCGGGAAAAAAUUAGAUCCUUUUCUUCUUUGUGAUAGCUGUUUGGCACAGACGACAUGGUGGUGGGUUCCACAUACCCAAACUGUAGUCGUAUUGGAUUAAUGGAGUCAUAGUCAUGUGGGGAUUAUAUUAAGCAAUUUGCAUGGUUGGUUUGUUGCUUUUA